UCCGGAGGCCCGGCCCUGCUCGCCUUCUGGGAGGACCCCGCGGGCCGGCUGUUCCGGGAGGCGCCUCCGCCAUGGACCUCGUGGGGCUGCUGAAGUCGCAGUUCCUGUGCCACCUGGUCUUCUGCUACGUGUUCAUCGCCUCGGGGCUCAUCGUCAACACCCUGCAGCUCUGCACGCUCGUGCUCUGGCCCAUCGACAAGCAGCUCUUCCGCCGGCUCAACUGCCGGCUGUCCUACUGCGUCUCCAGCCAGCUGGUGAUGCUGCUGGAGUGGUGGUCGGGCACGGAGUGCGUCAUCUACACGGACCCCCGGGCCUACCCCACGUUCGGGAAGGAGAACGCCAUCGUGGUUCUGAACCACAAAUUUGAGAUCGACUUCCUCUGCGGCUGGAGCCUGGCCGAGCGCUUCGGGGUUCUGGGGGGCUCCAAGGUGCUGGCCAAGAAGGAGCUGGCCUACGUGCCCAUCAUCGGCUGGAUGUGGUACUUCACCGAGAUGGUCUUCUGCACGCGCAAGUGGGAGCAGGACCGCAAGACCGUCUCGCAGAGCCUGUCGCCCAGCAGCCUGAGCAGCCUGGCACCACGUGGGACGGGGCGUGGGCCUGCGGACGGGAGUGACCGGCCGUGUGCGCUGUCCCCUCAGUUCCUGAUCCACUGCGAGGGCACGCGCUUCACGGAGACGAAGCGCCGGGUCAGCAUGCAGGUGGCCCAGGCCAAGGGGCUGCCCAGCCUCAAGCACCACCUGCUGCCGCGCACCAAGGGCUUCGCCGUCACCGUGCGGAGCCUGAGAGAUGUAGUUUCAGCUGUAUAUGACUGUACACUCAAUUUCAGAAACAAUGAAAACCCCACCCUGCUGGGCGUCCUGAACGGCAGGAAAUACCACGCAGACAUGUAUGUCAGGCGGAUCCCCCUGGAGCAGGUCCCGGAGGACGAGGACCAGUGCUCGGCCUGGCUGCACAGGCUGUACCAGGAAAAGGACGCCUUCCAGGAGGAGUACUACCGGACGGGCACCUUCCCCGAGACGCCCAUGGUGCCCUCGAGGCGGCCCUGGACGCUGCUCAACUGGCUCUUCUGGGCCUCGCUGCUGCUCUACCCCUUCUUCCGCUUCCUCGUCAGCAUGGCCAGCAGCGGGUCCUCCCUGACGCUGGCCGGCUUUGUCCUCGUCUUCUUUGUGGCUUCCAUGGGGGUCCGAUGGAUGAUCGGUGUGACGGAGAUCGACAAAGGCUCCGCCUACGGCAACAUGGACAGCAAGCAGAAACAGAGGGACUGACUCAGGACACGCUCCGUCCAGAGCGGACCUUGGGGAGCGGGUGGGCGCUGUCCCUCCCGGUGUGACCCAGUGAGGGCACCGGGGGAGUCCCUGCUGGGAGGCAGGGCCUGUUCUCACGCCGCUGGGUGGGGCAGAAGACGUGCUCUGACCCGUCCUUCCCCGUGUGCAGUAGUGGGUUCCGGUUCUUUCCCUGUGCGUGCGUGCGUGCCGAAGAACACGAGGUGAGGGUGCGAGGCUGCCUGCCGGCCGUCCUGUGAUCAUGCCGCGGUGUCUGGUGCAGGGGGAGGGCAGGGAGGGGAGUCCCUUUCAUCCUUUGGUGCUGUUUUCUGUAGCCGAUUGCCAGGUAGAGCCAAGGCGCUGUAGGGAAGAUGAUUAAAUUAUGCCUCCAAAA